AUGCCGCCCAAAAAAAGAGGCUUAACGCCGCCCAGAAAUGCGGCCAAAAAGCCAGUGAGGACAUUGGAUUCAUCCAAACCAGCAUCGAUGCGAGGAAACAAGAAGAACGUCACAAACAUAAGAUCUUUGUCACCUGGCAGAAACUACUCUGGAACGAAACCAAGCACAAUCAGACAAGGUUCGUCGGCUUCUAUUGCCUCAUCGGAUGAUUCAGCUGGAAGUGGAGGCCCAUUAUGGAAGAUGCCAAGGCCAAGGAGAGGAGGUAGCGAGCCAGCACCAGCAAUCCCACACCCACAGAAAAAAGCUAAGAGAUACAAUUCCACACCUUCAACUACAGUGAAACCAUCCAGCGUGAAUUGGCAGCGAAACGCGCCAACUAGUAAAUCCGAAUCCGACAAGAGGACUGCUGGGCGUGGGCGAUCUUCAGUGAUAAUAGAUAUCAGUAGCAGCGAAGAAGGCAGUGACAGUGAUGAUUCCAGUAUUGAAAUAUUGGUACCACCUAAGCCUCAAUCGUCACGAGUGACAGCAACUCGACCGCCGGCGGCAAGAUCCUCAGACAAGCGAAAAUCUAUGCCAAGCCAAAAUGACACCAUGAACGAUAGAAAGGCUGCCCAAAAACCACAGAGAGCAGUUAGUCCAAGCUCUCCCAAAUCGACUUCAGGCAGAUCAGGCAGAUCAGUUCAGGGCAGAAACACCAAUGUUACCAGGCCACUAAAACGACUGCACUCGUUGAAUGAGGCAGCUACUGCUUCUACAACACCUUCGGAUAGAAGUCGAUCGACCACAGCUGGGGACAGGAGUCGUGCGCGGUCGCAUUCGCCCGUUUUGAUUAACGAAAAACCGAAACGAGGUGCUUCCAAGAAGCAAAGCCCAACGGUAUCUCCUGUGGUGGAUAUUACCUCGCCUAACAAGCAAAAGAAAUCUGCAGCCGCCAAGUUAAAAAAGAAGCUGUCUCCAGAAGGGGCCAAGAAGGAGCAUAUUCGACCGAUAUCACCCGUUCAAACGAAAUCAAAUACCAGCCCGCUACCCCCCACCUUAUCGCCUCCCUUCAAGGAUAAACGCGCUGUGGCCCAUGAUCGAAGGCAGUCUACUGCAGUGGAUGGACGAGCUGCCAGAGAUAAGAGCCCUGUUCGGAAUCAAUUGCCUGGCAGAAGAGUCGCGUCCAUGGCAACGGAAGAACAUCCACCAGUACCACCGUCACGUCCAAGUAACCCAGCUCCGUCACGAAAUGCACCCGCAGUUCCUCCAGGAGUAGGCUUUGCAAACAACGGCCCAACAAUGGGGCCACCACAAGUUGGAAGAGUGGAUCCGAGAAGACAGACAGUCUCAACUGCCGAUGGAAGACCAGUCCGAGAACGAAGUCCCAACCGCAAUCGAAUACCAGGAAGAAGAGUUGCCUCCGUGGCAACUGACGAAACACAUGAUCCAAAUGUACCUCAGGCCUCGCAACUGAAUUUGGGUGGAGGUUUGGGUGGAGACCGACCUGCCAGUGGAUCCCGAAUGCCUGGGCGACGAGUGGCUUCCAUGGCGGCAGACGCACGACCACCUCCAAUACGGCGACCCACCGGAACAGAUGACAUGCAACUUCCGAAGCGGCGGUCCAUGGCUACGGAGGACAUCCCACGUGGACGGCCUCCAUCGGUACGUAUGGGAGGAUCGAGAAAUGGAAGGUCUCCUCCACCAAGGAGUGUGAGUGCAAAAUCUCCGACAAGGCCAUCGAGCGGGAGAUCCCCUCCGCCUCGGUCUUCCAGUGGACGAGGAGGAGGAAGAGGUCGUGGUGGUCAGUCGAAACAGCGAGAAUUCGAGUCUAUUGGAGAGAUGCCAGCAAGUCUUAAGAAUAGAUAUGGGGCCCAACUUGGUCGAUUCGCAUCGUCUGGUGGUCGAGCUGCUGGUGGUCGGGGAGGGAGGAGCGUAUUUUCUGGAAGAGUUACUGCCGAUGGCCGAAAGGUUCCCCUUGCACCUCCCCCCAAUAAGAAUAAGAUUGUAUUGGGCCAAGGAGGCGCUCCAGUUUCCGCGUCUGGAAGAGCACCAAUGGGCCCUGGACGUGGGAGAGGGAGACAAGCGCAAAGUACACGAGCUGCAAAUCCAGUACCGAUGGGAAGGAAAAAGAAACGAGACUCUGGCAGUAGUAGUGCGUUUGGCAGUAGCAGUAGCAAUGGAUUGGAUUUUUCAGACAGAAGUUCAGGCACACGCACCCGUGUUGGGUUGGAUGCUUCCGACAGAAGUUCAGGCACACGCACCCGUGCUGGGUUGGAUGCCUCAGACAGAAGUUCAGGCACACGUAGUGCAACUAGUGUGCCAAGGCCCGGGUCUCCUAUGGGCGAUCCCAAUCAUGUGCCAAAGAAGAAGAUUUACACCAAGAUUCGACCGGAUGAGCCCUUUAUGUUCCCGAUUGAUGAUGUCCAAGAUAUUGUCCAUGACAUUGUCCAGCCAGGUGGUUCUGUUCGCAUUUUGAUUUGUUCUGCAAAUCUCGGAAACGCACAGCCAGAUGAAUUAUCAUUGAAUGAAUGGAUCCCUGUCAAUGGAAACAUGAGCCAUGUUCUUACCAACCCGCGAAGGUAUCCUGUCAUGCUCAAUUUUCCCAGCGAAGAUAAGGAUGAUGGAAAUAUAGGGUUUACCGACCGAGCUGUCUAUACAACCGCUCGAUCUAGACAAAGUGACCUAUUUGCGAUCAGUGAAGAUAUCGAUGGCCUCGGCUUGGAUGAGGAUAGCGAAAAUUUUUCGCUUCCAGCAAUGAGCCAAAGCCAAGCGUUUGUUUCGCAAAUGACUGUUGAAACUGUCGACGAGGAGGCAGAUGACGACGACCAAAGUGUCAUUUAUGAGGAUACUUUGGACGUUACGAGGGGCUUACGUAAAUUGUCGGAAAAGAAGCCAGAGAUUGAGCCUGAAAUAGUAGUCGAAGAGCCUGAAGUAUCAGAAGUUUCUUACGAAGCAGAGCCCGAGGUUGUCGAAUCACUUGAACCUUCUAAAGCUAUUGAAGAGACCAAGCUGAAUGAAGAGACAGAAGCAAUAGAACCGGAGGAUGUUGCUGUUCCAGACACCGUGGAAUCUUCUACAAAAACAGAUGUGAUUGAAGAAGCUGAAGUGACGGAGACAGAAACAGAAGACAACAUUGAUCCAUUGAUCAAUUCUCAAAGGUCGGUUAAUAGUGAUGGCAUUGCCAUGCCAAGGAGAUAUACAGCAUCAUCAAAGAAAUUGGAUUCCAUACGACAAAGAAUCGAAGAUUCGAUUAAGAAAUCGCAAACGGAUGGAUUUGCCUUUGGAGAUGCCUUCCAUGAGAGACAGAGAAUAUUGGCAGAAGCAGAAAAGCUGAAGAAUCAAGAGGCUAGGGAAAAUCUUCAUUUGGGAAGUAUGGCACCGGAUAAAGCAUCAACGAUUAGUGAAACAUUCCUGGUCCAGCAGACUGCAACAAAAACGGAAGAAAGGGAAAAACAAAAAGCAACAAAGGAUAUGACGAGCCGAGGGUCAAUUGGUCCAUCGGGACGGAGAAAAAAGAAAUCAGCAGACCAAGGGAGCAGUUCGCUUUCCCCGCAAACACCACAGAAGAACAACAUUUACCUACAGGCUAUGCCAGCUGCAAUAAAUGUUUCGCCAAAAUCACCAUCUCAGUCGGAAGAAAAUGCGUCGUCCUCUCAGAUAAGCAUUGCGGAGUCAGAUGGAAAUGGCUCAAGGCUUGCUGAAGGAACAGAAUCUCUCGACACGACUGCCGCUUCAGAUGCUGUCACGAAUCCCGAGCUGGAUAAUGCAAAAUCCGCUGUAGACGAUGAUCUCAAUCGGAAUGCUGAAGACUCGACACCAGCGUCGGACUCGAAAGAAGUACGCAAAAACAAGGUGAAGCCACUCAAUGCCGUUGCACAAUCUCAAGAGAAAGAAAGCGAUAGUGUAGCUGGUUUGGAGCCUUCGUCAGUAAAGGAAGAUCCAAAGAAUAAUUCAGAAGUGGUGGAAUCCAAAAGCAAUGGUGCUUUUGAUGCAGUUGGCGAAGUCGACGACUUGGAGAAUGAGGGGAGUCAUAAUGAUGGGGAUGUCCAAGGUGGCGCAAUAGAUUAUUGGGAAAACAACGACGAGACUGUGGAACCAGAGCCGUACUAUGAGGAAGGUCCUGAAGGACACUUUGAAAUUAUUGUGAUUGGAAUGCAAGAAGCAACCUUUGAUCCUAACAAAGAUCCGGAUGCUAAGGAACCUGAAAAGGUUGGAUCUGAAAGGAGUUCAAGAACGGUAGAAGGGUCUGAUUCGGAAGGUUCAGAUGACGAUGUUGGCGAAGACGAGGGUUCUGAAGACGACGGAAAUGAAGACGGCGAGGAUGACGAAGCGGAUGAUUCUGACGACGAAGGGAGAAAUGGAUCAAGCGAGGAAGAUAUCGAUGACGCACCACAGAGCUCGACAUCACUGGCUGGAUCAGAGAAGGAUGAGGCGUCAGCCAAGAAAAGUAAGCUUUUAUCUAUUGCGAAGAAGGCAGGCAAGGGUGCUAUGAAGGCAGGCAAAGGCGCAUUGGGAAAAGGGGCGAAGAAACUGAAAGCUGCCCGGAAGACAUCGAAAGCAGUGAAAACUCUGAUGUCAGCAAGGAAUCAUACCAAGCGCGAAUUGCCAUUUUUGCGACAAGAGACAUCACCAUCAGAAGAUGGUGCGAUGGCAAAGUGGGAAGAUACCGAUGUACUUCAUUUCCUGUUUGAAGGACAGCUUCCUUCGUAUGACCGAGCUCUAUCGUAUCAGUUGGGCGAGAUGAGACUAAUGGUUUACUACUUGAAAACUUCUGUGAAACUUGAUGUCUUGAGUGUCAAGGCAAAGCCCACAGGAAAAGCCAACCUUGCAAACAAGGGAGGUAUUGUGACAGAAGUUGCAGUUAAUGGUGCAACAAGACUUUGCUUCUCGAGUGCUCACCUCGAAGCACAUGAAGGAGAGCACAAAUUCGAGAAAAGAUGCAAAUCUUUUGAAAGAAUUUUCAAUGCUGCACAUUCUUCUGUCACAGCACUUAAUUUUGACCCAACUAUGGCAAGCCACUACUCUUUCUUUAUGGGAGACUUGAAUUUCCGAACGAAGCUACCACAUCUCGAGCCUGGGUCUGACGAACAUAUCCAAGCAUCGCAUGCGUUGACAGCAGCCAGGAAUUGGAGUGUGCUAAAUCGGCAUGAUGAGUUAUCGAAUGCGCUACUUGAUAACAAAUGCCUUGCUGGGUGGAAAACUCCCUAUUGCAACUUUGAUCCAACUUUCAAAGUUGCGCGUCAAGACGGCUAUGCAUACAAUGUCUUGAGGUCUCCGUCGUACACAGACCGUAUCUUAUACAAGGCGAUCGAUCAACUAGAGGAUUCCUUGGAAGUUUCGCUUUAUGAGCCAAUCACUCACUUCACGUCUUCUGACCACAAGCCGGUUCGAGGAGCCUUUGAGAUCCAGUUGAACGAAAAGCUGGAUCUCAAGCCUCGACAGCCAACACUGAAAAAGGAAAGGCUGCACAUUCUAUUUACUUCUAUUGAAUUGUCCCUUUACAGCGCAAAAUACAAGCAAAAAACAAAGCCAAAAAGUGACGACGAAGUUGUUAAGCCAAAUCCCUUUGUGUCCUUCAUCUCCACUCCGAGAGAUGCUCUUGAACUGGACGCUUCAUCCAGGAAAAGAUCGGCAUGGAAAAGCUUUGGGCAAAAGAAAUCAUUCCCAAGAACAAAACCGGGCAGAACGAAAAGCGACGUUGGAAGCUCAAAGUUCAACCCCUUGUCAACACAGUGGCCAGGGACCAGCGUCAUGGAGUCAACUUUCAAUCCAACAUGGAAGAAUGACGAGAUCCAUUUUGAGUUGGGAAUGAAAAACAAGACAAACAACCGACCUCUGGACCUGUCGGGCGCCUUGAUGCACGUUUCGGUGUUCGAUCAACGAGAUAGUAAUCUGAAGCCUCUUGGCUCAUUCACUUUGAAUCUUGCAUCUUUGAUCAAAGUGACAAAGGAGCCUGACAAAAGCAGACGCGGAGGUCCGAUGGGCGGUGCUAGACCUGGCCGAGGAGGAAUGGGCGCGCCUGCACAGUCAUUUCGAGGGAAAUUGUCAAAACAACCGUCCAGGAGACUGAGCGGCCUACUAGAUAGCUUGGCGGACGAACUGGAGGAUAACCAAGAAGCCCAGAGAUUGAAACAGUUAAAGAUUACCACCCUGAAAUUUGACGAGGCGCUAGUCGAAAGUGGUGUGCAAACUGGGGACAUCAAGUGCACAGUCGACGCCUGGUGGAUGCAUGAUGCAGAAGAAGAGGAAUAG